AUGUCUACGUUUAGAACUAACCAACGCUUUAUAUCAAAGUCAGCUGCUAUUGCUUUAAUUGCUUUGGGACUAAUUAAAAGUACAGUUUCGAGAAAUGAGGCCACUCCAAUAACUGAUUCCUUGAAAGAUUGCAAUAUGAUGAUCCGCAGCUUCGAAGGAACAUAUUAUCCAACCUUUUCAGCCAGCAAUGAUAUUUAUCCGUAUGGAGGAACUCAACGAUUUGAAGUGGUUACAUGCAGCAACUUAGGAGUAUGCCCAGAUACUGUUUCAAGAACAACAUGCUCAUGGCAAAGGUACUAUAGUCUAUAAUGUGCAGAAAAUCAAGGUCAAACAUCUAUAUCCGCUUACACAAACUCAUUACCAAAUCACUGCUAUUGGGGCACUCAGUAUCAACCAUAUGGAUCAAGAAACGAGUUCUCGUAUUAUUCCUUCUCAUUUAAAUUCAAUUUGCCACCAAGGUAAACUACUGGAGCAACUGGUCUUACAAUUAAUCAAGCUUAUUAUCAAACAACGGUAGAAUCUUAAGCUGACAUUGAUCUUGCACUUUGCGAUCCAAAUUGGGCCAGAACUGCCAUAAUAGAUGGUGCAAUUUCCAAUACUGAAGCUCUUGGAUCUUAAUAAAGUUGGACAAUAAAUACAGGAGCAUAUCCACUUCUUAGACUUCCAAGUUCAGACUAGAUUGUUGGAAUUUCAAGGAACGGUGUGUUUAUCUUUUCAGGUGCUAAUGAAAACGGAUAUGACUCAUUUUUCCCUUAGGCUUACGGUGUAAAUCAAAACCCAGUUAAGAAUGAAUUUGACCACUGCUUAGGAUUACAGAACACAUUUAAUACCUACAGAUAUGUCAUGUUUUCUCCAUGUAUGUAUGAUAUUUCUCUCAGAAAGGAGGCAGUUCCAUGCAUUCUGAGUCCAUCAUGCAAUGCAAGUGUGAUAGAUCAUGCAUAAUUAUAUGCUCCAAGAUAAAUCAAAACCGUAUUACCAAUUGGAUUUGCAAAGGAUGGUAGAGUAAUAUACGGGCCGUAUAGAUAAGACGGAAAUCUAUGGCAACCAUGCGAUGUUGACGUUUGUAAUGGAAGAAUGUUCGGUGACUUCUACGGAUAUGUUGCUACAAUGUUCCACCCAUAUAUGGUAGGAUGCUGGGGACCAGGAAACUCUCCCAACAAGCUUACUGCUGGAUGCACAGCUAAUCCAAGACUCUGUACCUAGGCUACAUAUGUCAAUAACUUCAUGGCUGCAUCCGUUUUUGGAAUUCUCUUUCUGUUUGCUUUAUUCUGA